AUGAGUAAGCAGUUGCUUGCCAAGCAGCAGUCACAACUGCACUCGGUGGCGCGAGCUCUUCCGAAUUUUAAAAAACUCGGAAAGAACAAUUAUACGCCAGCGCUAAUUCGAUCGCGACUGACGGGACUGAAAGAAGCUUGGGCGCUGUGCACGGCCUCUCACGCUGCGCUGGUACAUGUCUUCCCAGGGGCCAAACGGAAGGACGUCGGCUACUUCGACAAUGCGGAGUUCGAGGAACACGAGGAGAUCUUCCAGAGGACGGCGAACUACAUGACGGAAUGCCUCGAAGAAUUGGAGCCUCCUCUCAACUCAACUCCAUUGGCAAGUCCACCGGCGUUCGGUAAUCCCUCCGCGUUACUCUCCUUGUCGCACCUACCGUCUAUCAAUAUACCCCUGUUUUCGGGAACCCAUAAGGACUGGGAGAGUUUUCGCGAUCGAUUCACGUCGCUCAUAAUUAAAAAUACAGAGUUAACUGCAUUUUCCCGCAUGCAUUACUUAGCGUCUAGUCUCUCCGGGCGUGCUCUGGAAUCGAUACAAACUGUCCCAGUCACCGCCGACAAUUUUGAAGUCGCUUGGCGAUUGCUAGUUUCGCACUACGAUAACAAACGGCGACUGGUCGGCGUGCAUGUCUCCGCGCUAUGCAACCUGCCGGCCGUCACGCGCGAAUCGGCCGUCGAGCUUAGCGAACUCCAGGAUAAAGCCAAUCGAGCUAUUGCGUCGCUCAGAAAUCUCCACCGUUCGUCAGACGAAAUUUUAAGUGAUGUCCUAGUUUAUCUCGUCACUCAGCGGCUUGAUCACGCCACGCACAAGGCGUGGCGAUUGAAAGGAGGCGAUGAUGCCGCGACUCCAACAUUCGAGGACUUAGAUAGAUUUAUCUCCGCGCGCGUGCGAGCCUUGGAAGAACUCACGCCUCAUAACGCGGCUAAGUCCACACGUCCGUCAAGAUCCGCUUCCGUGAACGCCGCUACCACGUCUCCAGUCUCGUGUCCGAUUUGUAAAGCGAGUCAUUACUUGAGUAAGUGUCCGCAAUUUAUUAAGAAAGGUCCGAGUCAACGCAUGGAGUUUAUCAAACAGCACCAAAGGUGCAUUAAUUGUCUCAGUGCGAAACACGCCUUGUAUUCAUGCCCAAGCCAAUACACUUGUCGCCGAUGCCAGAAAAGGCAUCAUUCGAUGCUCCAUGUUGAUUCAGGCUCAUGCGCUACCGCCUCGGUAGUCACUGCUGAAUCGACUCCGCCGGUCAAAGCGAGAGGUAAUCGCGGCGCGGUGGCGUUGUUUGCUUCGCAAGAAUUAUCGCAUCGAACUCCGGUACUCCUUGCGACGGCGCGAGUCACGGUUCGUUCACCGGCGGGUCGCGACGCGAACGUCCGAGCGUUGCUCGAUCCGGGAUCGGAGAUAACCUUCAUGUCCGCUCGGCUUGCGCAAACCUUAAGACUGCGUCGUUUCCAAGAUCAGUUUUCACUCUCUGCCAUCUGCGGUCUUAAAGCGGGUAACUGCAAGUUUGCAGCUCAAAUUACGAUCUUGCCGCAAAAUAAAUCUGAGCCGAGUCUCACAAUCACUGCGUCGAUUUUGCCUUCACUCGCUGAUUACAAUUCGGGGCUCGAUCGAGCCAGGUGCAACUGGGAUCAUCUCGCGGAUCUCGCUCUAGCAGAUCCUCACUUCAAUGGUUCUAAUCCCAUUGAGCUCCUCAUCGGCGCCGAUAUCUAUGGCGAGAUAUUCCUUGGCGAAAUGCGGAAGGGACCUCGCGGGCAGCCCUAUGCAUUAAAUACCAUUUUUGGAUGGGCAGUAUCCGGCCCUACAAGUGUGUCAAUUCAAUCCCGCCGAACAAUCACUGUUCAACAUUGUUCGGCCUCAACGUCGCUUGCGCUCGAUCGCGAACUGAGAAGAUUUUGGGAGAUCGAGGAAGUUCCGCGACAGACUGUACUCGGCCCGGAGGAACAACGAUGCGAGGAUUACUUCAUGACCACUCAUUCGCGUUGUUCCGACGGCCGAUACAUUGUGCGCCUUCCAUUUAAACGUGAUCCUCCCAUUAAUGUCGGUCGUUCUCGCGAUACUGCUGAGCGAUGUCUAAAAAGCUUACUUCGACGCUUUGAAAUUAACGCCGAGCUAAAACAACAAUAUUUCAAUUUCAUGCGGGAAUACGAAGCUCUGGGACACAUGCGAAAAGCCUCACCUCUCAGAAUCCUCUCAGUGCGUGUAUAUUCCUCACCAUCCCGUCUUUCGCGACGGUAG